AUGGACGGCCCAAAAGAUCGCACCGGUUCAGGCGUUGGCCCCGGACGCAGCUCUAUCACCAGCGCAGGUAGUCCUUCUGCCUCUUCGUCAUUCUCGCGCCGCGCACCGCCGUCGUUCUCAGCACACCGCCGCAGCUUGUCCAAAGAAGUUGAUGUUCCCCGGGACGUCACGCCAGACUCGCCAGUGGACAGCAUGAGCAACGCGCACAUGAGCUCGAUCAAUCACGCCACUCCGCCUCCACCGGCUGCAGCUGGUGGUGGUGGUCAUCGUUCCUCCAACUCCCGCAGCAGUGACAGUCCAACGACAUCAGCUUACCGUAUCCCUCAAAGAGGCGGCUCGGUGCUGGCCCACCAUGGUCCUGGCCACCGUGCUCCCCCGCCUACUCCCGCUCAGCGAGGCACCCGUGCUGCUCCGGGUAGCAUUGCCAUUGCCAGUGGACCGGUCGACCGGUCGCGCACGGCGUGGACGUCCGUCUCCCGCCUCGCCGGCGCCGCUGCUGCGCGCGGUGUCUCCCAUCUCGACUUUUCCUCCUCUCCGUCUGGCCGCAAGAAGGGCGAUACACCGACACUCGCCUCGGCUCCAGUCCACACGGUGCAGACUGCCACUCUCACCGGCUCGCGCCGGUGGCCCUCGACCCCUCGCACCCCUCGCUCGCCCGGAAGCACCCCUUCCUCGCCGGGUAUGGGGCGUACCCGUGGCCUGACAGUGGCCAUUCUCAUGGGGGACGGCGAGAUUCUCGCAGAAAGCGCACCGGUGACUCCCAGCCUGGCGAAUGUGCCCCGGUCGGCAGUACCCACUCUAGAGCUCGAGUUUUCACCCUCGCGACCAAACCCCCUCUCGGCGUCGUUGCGUCCCGCGCCAAAUACUGCUGGUCUUCUGUCCCCGGACAGCAACAUGCGUGGACCUGCUACUGGCGGCGGUGGUGGUCCAGCAACCGGGCGCGUGGAAGAGUUGAUUCUGUGUCGAUACUACCACACACCGGGGCUCACCUGUACCUCUUCGCCCUGCCGGUUUGUCCACCGUGUCGACUCUGCACGUCGCGUCCCGGCUUCCCCGCUCGCCACGGCUGCGCUCAGCGCCCGUACAGCCACGGUCGACAGCCACGAAGACCCGACCCGCGGCACGUUUGCGGCUGCGCAGGCUGCGGCGCCCGUCGUCCCGCUCAAGAUUGACGCACCCGACCUGGCGGCGGUGGAGAGUGGCGCGCCCGUGGAAGUUACGAAUGGUGACACCGGUGCCGAGACACUUGGGUAUGUCUUCAAGAUGAGCGGCGGCGGCAAGGGACCGGCAGGCAAGGCAAAGGCAAAGUUCAAGACCGUCCCGUGUCGCGACUUUGCAGAGGGCCACUGUCCCUAUGGCACGUACUGCUCGUUCAUCCACGACCCGGACAACCUGUACAAUGCCGAAAAGCACGCCGUCGCUUCCAAGGGCGGCGAGGGCAAGGUGACGCCGCCAAGUGAGGUCAUUGUGACUCCUGUCCUCGGGUCGUCGCCCACUGUUCCAGCUCCGGACUCUGUCGAGACCGUUGCCGAGGAGGAGACGGUCAAGGAGCCGCCACCAACUCCGGCAGAUGCCAUCACCCAGGUCGUCAUCACCUUGAGCAACUCGAGGCCAGCUCCUCUCCUGCGUGACCCGCCUCGCAAGCGCGAAUCAAAGCACCUCGACAAGCACUCUGCGCUCAAGACCUCGCGGCCAGACUCUCAGACCAAGCCCGCUGCCAAGGGUGCUGCUGCCACAUGGGACCCGCCCCCUCGCCACCGCUCCCCGCAAGCGCCGCCACCGUCCGCCGAGCACAACUGGAGUCCUCACGCGGGAUUCACCUCGUCGUCUGCUAGUCCCGACCAGCAGUGGGCUGAGGAACAGUGGCCCGGCCCGCAGUGGGCGCGGGCGCAGUGGACGGACGACGUCGCAGUCACCUACGGCCCCGUCCCAUCGACGUACACCACUGUCCAGACCGCUGGCGCAGUGCAAGACGUAUGGAACCCCGUCGCACCGCCCAACACGGCCGCCCUGUCCCCCGUUACAUCCCAGUUCUGGGCCCUGCCGCUGUCGCCGACUGCUUUGAUGGCGCCCAUCAGCCAGCAGCUUGCGCUCAUGCCGCCCAUGUCGCCUCUGAUGGCGGCGGCACCCGCUGUUGUAGGCCCGCACGCGCACGCGCCUCUGUCAACCACUCCCAAGCCAGCUCUUCCAUCCAUUCCGCCUCCCAUCACUAUCGCCACUGAGCAACUCACUGCCUCGCCGCAACUCACUGCCAUGCCCGCAAGCGCUCCCCUCCCGGCCGCUGCUACCGCGGCAGCUAUGGCUUCCAUCCCGCCCGGACCAGCGAGUGCGGUCGGUGCGGGCCCGGCGCCGCCCAAGCUCGCGCGCCGCGACAUUUCAUGGACGCCGAACGGGUGGCAGGUCAAGGACAAUGCUGCCAUGUCGCCUGGCGUGCAGGGGCAGGGCACGGCGAGGAACUAUUACAGGACGCGCGCAUGCCGCUUCUUCGCUCAAGGAAACUGUCCCCACGGCGACGCCUGCACGUACAUCCACGUCCUCCCUGAUCGCCCUGGUGUCCCCGCCUCCGCCGGUGUCCCCGCCGCGGCGGCGUCCCCCAUCGCUGCGGCGUCGCCGAGGCAUGUGGGACCCAAGACUGUCGCGUGCAAGUUCUUCAACUCGGCGGCGGGGUGCGCGCACUCUGAGCAAGACUGCAACUUUGCACACACGCGCGUGGUGCCCGAAUCCCAGCCGCUCGUGGCCUUUCCCCGCGCGUACCGUACCCGGCCAUGCCGCCACUUCCAGGCCGGACGCUGCAGCCACGGCGACGCGUGUCAUUUUGCGCAUGUCAAAGUAGACGACGGGUACGCGUUCUCGCCGGUAGCCUCGAGUGCGAGGUUCAGCUCGCCCACGUCGCCGACGUCGGCGGACGCGGUCGCGCCCGCGCCCGCCCCCCAGACCCCGCGUCGCCCGUCCACCGCCACGCCCACGGCCACAGCCGUCGCGACCGCAGACUCGCCCGCCAGCCCCGCGACUCCGGCCAGCGCGUUCGCGCCGCACUCGCGCGUACCCCCGUCCACGCCCAUGACGCCGUUCCACCGCUCCUCCUCCGCCAUUGCCGCCGCUGGUCCGCGGUGCGCGUCUGCCCCCGCCGCCCCGCCCGGCGCCGGCAGCCCGCUCGCGACCCCAGGCCAGUACCGCGACGGCGACGGCGUGGAGCAGUGUGCCGACUGGGCCAAGACGGGCCGCUGCCUGCGCGUGUCCUGUCCCUUCCCGCACGUCGGGGAAGGCGGGGAAGGAAACGCCGCGCAGCUGACGGAAGCCGCGCUGGCUGAGGCGUGUGAGGAGCUGCGCAAGGUGCCUGUACGCGAGGCGGGCGACAAUGACGAUGACGAUGAGGACGACGACGACGAUGACCUCGAGAUUAUCACGGUCGCGACUACAACGGCGUCGUUGCACAGUGCGCCCAACAGCAUUAGCGGCGCGUCGAGGGUGUCUGUGUAG